AGAUAACAGCUCACGGAGCUAAAGGGUCUGUAGUAGUAAAAGGGGAAACCGCUAUAACAGCGUUUGAAAGUGGAAGGUAAUACAUCACAUCUGUCUCAGGACCCUGUUUUAUUCCUUCUCUUUGGCUGCCAUGGGUCUGGAAGCAAAGUCCGUUGCCGUCCCGCAUCCCUACUGGCCUCGGAACCUGGAGCUCCAAAACUACGUCCCCAACAACUACCCCAUGUGGCAGAUCUUGACUUUAUUUUUCUCUGUUACGGGUGCCGUCCUGAUACUGACUUGGCUAGCAGUGGGGCGGUGGAGCCGGAGGGAUGCCCCCUUUGGAACUUGGCGCGCCUUGGCUCUCUGCUGGUUUGUGAUCUGUGGCUUCGUUCAUAUUGUUAUCGAGGGCUGGUUUAGCCUCUACCACGUAGAGAUCGCAGGGGAUCAGACCUUCCUCUCGCAGCUGUGGAAGGAAUAUGCUAAAGGAGACAGCAGAUACCUCGUAUCAGACAACUUCCUUGUUUCUAUAGAGACUGUCACAGCCCUUCUCUGGGGGCCUCUCAGCUUCUGGACAGCGCUUGCUUUUCUUUCACACCAGCCUCACCGAUUUCUGCUGCAGCUGAUAGUGUCUCUGGGUCAGCUCUAUGGAGAUAUUCUUUACUUCUACACCGAAUACCACCACGGCUUCAGUCACGGUGAAAUGGGGCACCCCCUCUACUUCUGGUUCUACUUCGUCUUCAUGAAUGCCUUAUGGAUUAUCAUUCCUGGGGCUCUAAUCGUGGACGCCUGGAAACACCUUAGUGCCAGCCAGAAAGCGAUGGAUGCCAGCAAGUUGAAGAGACACUAACAAACCUGCCCGGGUGGUCAAAAUGGCUUGUGGUUCUGUUGCUAAGGGUUGGGGUGUAGCAGCUUCAAGAGUCGUGCACGAAUGAGACCAACAAGGAUUCAGGAAGGAGAGCGUGCUUUAUUAGCCGGCUAAGGCUCAGCGUGACUUCUGCCACUCAAAACAAACUGAGCCCCCUCACACAGACAGCAACUUGCCUAAAUACAUUCUUGUCCGGCAAAAUACAUAACUGAACCACA